AUGAAAGUGAGGGCCGGCGCGUGUCGGCUGAGGUGGGAUCCCGACCCUACGGGGUCGGGCGCACCACCGGCCCGUCUCGCCCGCUUUGUCGGGGAGGUGGAGCGUCCUUAUACACAUUACUCACAUAUUACUUUCAGGGUGAAGGAGUUUGGAGCCCAGUUUGAUCACAUGAACCUAGAGGAGCAGCAGCUGGUUCUGAAGGAGCUGGUCGUCCCCUUCCUGUCUCGACCCACAUCAGACUCUGGCUGUGUGUCCAACUCUAACAGCAGUGUGGACUGGUUGCAGAAGAACUUGGGGCCGUUCUCAGUUCUUGUGUCCCUCGGGAACCUGUUGAAUCUCAACACAGACUUCUCUCCUUUGUCAGCCCUGGAGGUUCUCUCUCCAAAACAGACAGCAGAACUGGUGGUGUUGCCUCUUCCUGGGCUUCCAGGGAAAGAUGUCAUCAUCAGCAAAGUGUUUGACUACCUGACCGAGUCACCAAAGGAGAGGAAACUCCCUGAGUUCCUGUACCACCUCGUCAGGCUCUCUGAAGAGAUGAUGCUACCAUGUGACAGCUUUAAGACCAUCUUUGAGCGUCUGUACCAGGCCUUACCGUCUGCACCUCCAGAGAUGGAGCCAGUUAUUCAGGCCAUUAUAGACAACCUGAUGCAGAUCGCUCCAGAAGAUUGCUUGCCGAUGAAUAUGAAGUGCCCAAUAACACCAGCGAACGAUACCAGAGUCUGUGAAGGAAAUGCCAGUGAUUCGCUACAAAGUUAUUUGGCGACAUCAAAUACAACGAACGUGCCCUGUAACUUUACCCUGGAGGAGUAUGCCUGUGCAUCGCUGAAAGACUUCACUGCAGAACACCUGGUGUCUCUUCUGAAAUGUAACCUGCCCGGCAACUCCUCUCACUCCAAAGAGACGUGGAAGGUUCUCCUCACCAAACUGACCUCUGUCUUAGACCAAGCUCUGGACAUGUUCUCCAAUAUGUCCAAACCUGUGAUUGGUCCAGCAGUAUCGCAGGCGCUGGAUGUGAUUGGAGAGAUUCGGGUCAACAGGCUGACUGAGGAUCAGCUGAGAGACAGUUUUGUCAUCAGGAAGUGGUUCUCGGGCCGUCUGAGGGUGUUCCUGCCGUCUGCAUCAGGAGUGUUUCUGCACUGCCUCAGCACCAAGAACCUGAGCUGUGACUCGUAUCAACAGAUACUGAGGGAGUUCAGCAAUCAAUUCGACCAAAUGGACCAGAUGAGACAAGAGCUGGUGGUCAAAUACUUCAUCCAGCCCUUCCUGACCAAAAACUCCUCAGACUCUGGCUGUGUGUCCAACUCUAACAGCAGUGUGGACUGGCUGCAGAAGAACCUGGGGCGGUUUUCAGUCCUGGUGUCCCUCAGCGACCUGUUGAAACUCAACACAGACUUCUCUCCUUUGUCAGCCCUGGAGGUUCUCUCUCCAAAGCAGACAGCAGAGCUGGUGGUGUUGCCUCUUCCUGGUCUUCCAGGGAAAGAUGUCAUCAUCAACACAGUGUUUGACUUCCUGUCUAAGUCACCAAAGGAGAGGAGACUCCCUGAGUUCCUGUACCACCUUUCCAGGCUGUCUGUGGUGACUCCUGUCGGCUGCACGGUGUACCAGACCAUUUUUGUGAGGCUGUACCAAGCCAUGUCAGCGUUGCCUCAAGAGAUGGAACCAAUCAUCUGGGCCAGUGUUUAUGACCUCACAGAAUCUGCACCAAUGGAUUGUUCUCUGGUACCAGUUAACCAACAGUGUCCAGUGUCAUCGCACAAUGCAACAAGAGUCUGUGCCGGAGUUGACAGCUCGGCUCUACAACAGCUCUUGGACUCUGGGAUCUCGACGGGACGUCUAUGUGACUUCAGCAUCAAACAAUACGCCUGCUCUCAGUUGAAAGACCUCACAGCUGAGAGCCUGGUCACACUGCUGAAAUGUAAACUAUCAGAGAACAACACAGACUCCAAAGAGACCUGGAAGCUGUUCUUCACUAAAGCUUCUGCAGUUCUGGAUCAGGCUCUUGUCCUUCUCUCCAACCAGUCCAAGCCUGUGAUUGGUCCAGCAGUAUCCCAGGCGCUGGAUGUGAUUGGAGAGAUCCGGGUCAACAGACUGACUGAGGAUCAGCUGAGAGACAGUGAUGUCAUCAGGAAGUGGUUCUCUGAGCGUUUGAGAGCGUUUCUGCCGUCUGCAUCAGGAGGGUUUCUGCACUGCCUCAGCACCAAGAACCUCAGCUGUGACUCAUACCAAGCUGUGGUGAAGGAGUUUGGAGCCCAGUUUGAUCACAUGAACCUAGAGCAGCAGCAGCUGGUUCUGAAGGAGCUGGUCGUCCCCUUCCUGUCUCGACCCACAUCAGACUCUGGCUGUGUGUCCAACUCUAACAGCAGUGUGGACUGGCUGCAGAAGAACCUGGGGCGGUUUUCAGUCCUGGUGUCCCUCAGCGACCUGUUGAAACUCAACACAGCCUUCUCUCCUUUGUCAGCCCUGGAGGUUCUCUCUCCAAAGCAGACAGCAGAGCUGGUGGUGUUGCCACUUCCUGGUCUUCCAGGGAAAGAUGUCAUCAUCAACACAGUGUUUGACUACCUGACUGAGUCACCAAAGGAGAGGAGACUCCCCGAGUUCCUGCAACAACUUGUCAGCCUGACCAAACAGGAAAAUAUCCCUUGUGCCUCCUACAAGAUCAUUUUCGCCAGACUGGACCAGGCCGUACCCACUGUUACCAUGGAGAUAGAGUCCGCCCUCACCUCCAGCAAGACGGCUUUACUACAGACCGUCCCAUCAGGUUGCAUUGUAUACAGUGGAGAGUGCAAUGUCACCUCAGUUAAUGAGACAAAAGUUUGCGCUGGUGUCAACAGCACUGCUCUACAGGGUCGCCUUGACAACGGGCAGAUCAGCGGAGUCCUCUGUGAUUUCGGCGUCGAUGUUUACGCUUGUGGCUCGCUGUCUAUGUUGACAUCGGAAAACUUGGUGAGCCUGUUGAAGUGUAAGCUGUCUGGUAACGCCAGCCACUCAGCACAGAUCUGGAAACUGUUCUUCUCUAAGGUCUCGGUGGUCCUGAACUCAGCCCUGGAUCUCUUCUCCAACACCACACUAGACCCCAGCUCUCCAGCAGUGUCCCAGGCCCUGGAUGCUAUAAGAGAGGUAAGGCUGGACAGCUUCAGCCUGGCUAGUCUCAGAGAUGAGAAAAUCAUCAACCUCUGGUUCAACACCAGACUGCGUCCCUUCCUACCUGCCGUCUCCACUGACUUCCUGUCCUGCCUCGGCACCAAGAACUUCAGCUGCUCCACCUACCAGACCACCGUUCAGAUCCUGAGCAGCCACCACUCAGCCAUGGACCAGUCCAGACAGAUAUCAGUCUACACUACCUUCAUAGAGGUCUUUCUUUCCAGGAACAACACAGCAGACCCCAGCUGUAGCUCUGACACCCUGAACAGUGGAGACUGGCUGCUGAAGAACUUCAGAGGAUUCUCUGCCUUUGCCUCCUUCAAGGACAUGCAGAGACUACUGGCCACCUUCUCUGUGACGGAGGCCCUGCCCCAGCUCACAGUGAGACAGUUGGCAGAGGUGUCCUCUAGUCCAGACCAGCUCAGCUCUGCUGCAGACGUCACCAUGCUGAUGAACUACGUACCCAACAGCCUCUUCACUGACUUCUUCACUGACUUCUCUCUGGCCAUCACCGGUCAAGAGUCUAAGUUCCCGGUGGCGGUGCGUUCAGCCAUGCUCCAGCAGGUGUUUGAACGCGGGAACCUAUCAGACCGCUCUGUUAGCGACCAGGAAGUACUCACCUGGCUUCAGAGCAGGCUCCGCCCACUGCUGAUCAACCUGUCCCCGCUCCACGUCGCCCCCCUCUUCAGUGUGGUCGCACAGAGGAACUGCAACAUUGGACAGCAGCUGGUGGAGGUGCUGAACACCACCCUCCCUACACUUCAGGACAACACACAGAGAAACGUCUACGAUCAAAUCACCCUCUCCCUCCAAGGCUCUUCCCCACUCCGUUGCUAUGGCACAAACUACAACCACAGUUUCUAUGGUUACCUAGAGAGUUCCUUCCUGGGUUUCGGCUUCCCCAACCUGACCACCUUCCUCUCCCUCAUACCCCAUAGCCAGAUGGAACAGCUGGUGAACUCUCUGCCUGUCUCUGACCUGGGUCGUUUCCUGCGCCGCCCCAACGUUGUCGACGACGACACAAAACUCUGCCUGCUCUACAGCAACUACGCCAAGACCCCACUGUUCCUGGGGACUGAGAGUAUCCCUGAGUCAGUGAGGCGUCCCACACUGCCGUGUGUCUGGCCCCAGGCUCUCAGCAGCAGUCAGAGGUCAGAGGUCAGCGCCUGGUUUGACCUGAGGCUGAAGAACUACCUGCCCUUCCUCACCAGGAGCCUGGUGACCUCCGCCGCUGUCCAGACCGCCCCUUGUCUGGCCUUCCAGAAACUCGUCUCAAUUCUGGGGAGUUAUAACUACAGCGCUGCAGACUUUGUGGAGAGAGAUGUGUACAGGGAGACCAUCAGGACGUAUCUCACCUCAGCGUCGGCUCCUAAGUGUUACAAUGCCAGUGAUCCAGAGCUCAACUCAACUGCCUGGUUUGCUGAGAACAUCGGACUCUUCGUCACUUAUCUCACCUUGGAAGACCUCAACACCUUCGGAUCAGCGCAGGUGUUGCAGGUGUUCACAGUGAACCUGGUGAACAUAGGUCUACUGAACUCCACUAGCCUGCCCCAGAACCUCACUGACUACUACACAUCACUGGUCUACCUACAGGACAGCAACUUCAACCCUCUGUUUCUUCCUCUGUUGUUUCGAUGUGUGGCCCCAGGGCCAGCCUUCAGACAGCUGGACGCUGAGCAGAGCAUGAUCCUUCUACACAACCUGACUACACUGUGUAGAGACCUGGACCCACAGGUGUCUGCAGCUCUAGCAGCUAACAUGGGAGACAACAUAAACAGCAACACCAUCGCUGCCCUCGGCAGAGAGAGUACAGGUCUAUCUGAGGGUCAGAUCACCAUGGCACCCGCCAGCGUUCUGUGGGCUUCCUUCAGCAUUCUGAGCACUGUGAUUGGCUGGAACCAGGGCCAGGCCAUGGCCAUCAUCCAAUCACUGAUGCUGUCAGGAGCCGUGAAGAUCAACAGCGCAUCCACCUUGACAGCGCUGGGUUCCCUGGUGACCGGUGUUCCCUCGGCAACCUUAGGCAGCAUCAGCGGCACGGAACUCCUCUACGCGUCCCAGGAUCCCACAUUCAUAACAUACAUGCAGACCGCCCCGACGAUCUUAAUCCAGACUUUCGUCACUCAGUUGAUCACAGUGAACCCUAACCCAGACAGUAUUCUCCAGAACGUCCCAGACAGCAUGUCUACUGAGAUCCCCAGGUCCCUGCUGCAGGGCUUCUCUCAGAGCAGUGUGGUGGUGGAGAAACUGAACCAGAAGACAUGGAGACACGAACAGGCUGUGUUGUUCUUUGACACAGUGGCUCUAGGAAUUGACAACUCCGACAAUAUGUCAUCCAGCGUGCUCCAGGGCUUCACCUGCACCAGAGUGGCCAGUAUGACCACAACCAAGAUCAAGAAACUGGUCAAGGCCUGCAGGAGGAAGGGCAAGAACAGGGUCGCACUGAGAGAGACUCAGUUGACCUGCAUGUACAACUACAUCAAGGAAGAGUCAAAUGUCACCAGCUACAACCUGUACCCUCCUGACAUGCUGCUUUACUACGACUACAGUAAGGUUCCUCGGGACACCUGUAAGGACUACUUCAGUGAGCUGGGAGACGCAGACUUCUCCGUGUUCUCCGACGCGCUCAGCUUCAAACGCACAGCCCUGGUUAACAAUGUCAAGACCUGCCUGGGUAUCAGUGGCACGGUUCUGAGCAGUGACAACCUGCAGGUCCUAGGUAACAUGGUGUGUGUUCUGGACGGUUCCUACAUCCAGAACUCUGACCAGCUCAUCCUGCAGAAACUACAAAACUGUAAUGACCUCACCGACGAACAGGUGGCUGCCAUAGAAACGCUGUUGACGUCUGGGAAAACACAGUACGGACUCCCAGCUACCUGGAACAGAGAGACCCUGGACAACCUGGGCGUUCUACCUCUCUACCUGACAUCCUCCUUCUACAAGAACUUCUCUAAGAAUGUAAAGGGCCAGUUCCUACAGUCAUUCCUGAAGGUGCUGAGGAAGAAUGGAACGUCCAGAGAGAAGAAGAGGAGGAUGAAGACGGCUAUCAGACAGUCCAUCAUCGACCAAUCACAGUCCAAACGCUCCAUAGUCAGUGAAUGCACAGUGGGAAAUAUCACUCAGGUCACGAUCAGUGAGAAUACGUUCCCCUUCAACUAUGAGACCGUGACCAAGUUCAACUGCUGCCUGACAGCCAAGACAGUCGUUGACAACCUGGACGCCAUCACCGCCAAGGUGGACGACCUGGAAUACCUUGAAGUGGUCCUGGCGAGACUCAGAGAGGCCUACUCCGCAAACUCCACCAUCCCAGAAGCGAAGGUGCAGGUUCUUGGGCCGGCUUCGCGCGUUGCCACUAACGCUGACAUCACCAUGUGGAACAUCACCAAAAUCGACACACUGUCAGCUCUGAUGGACUCCUCCAAUGGAAACUGGGAUGCUGUUAUGGCGCAGGCCAUCAUCAGUAAGUACCUGAGUAACUCAGGAAAUACUCUGGGCAGUGCCGAGCUCAACUCCAUCGGAGGACCCAACCUGUGUUCACUAGACAUCAGCCUCCUGAAGACCAUUACACAGAGUAGCCUGAGUAAGGCCAAUGCCCUGACGGUGACCAACUGCAACAUAAUGAAGAAGAGAACGCUGUUCGUCAUCGCUGAAGGGGCCUUCCAGAGCCGUAGUACUGUCUCUGCUACCUCCUACCAGCUAACACAGCCAUACAUAGGUGGUGCUGACUCAGCCUACGUCCAGCGUCUGUCCACCUCUAACAUCAGUAUGGACAUGGACACUUUCAUCAGCCUGGACCCUACUGUUAUACAGACUCUGGGUGUGAGCCAGGUCAAAGGUCUGCUGGGUUCUAACCUGCCAGAGCUGAAGAGCUAUGAGAACCAGAGCGCGGUCCGGACCUGGAUCAGCACCCGUUUCCAGGCAGACCUGGACUAUCUGGGGCUGGGUCUGAAGGGAGGCCAGGCUGACCCCAUCACGGUUGGCGUGGGAACCAUCAUACUUCCUACCAGUGCAGGGGUAACUGGAGGAGCUGGGCCAGUCAACACCGUGGCUGGAGGAGCUGCUGCUACUACUACAGCGAGCGGCGGAGCGAUCAACAGACCAACGUUCGGCCUACACCUUCUCCUCACCACUCUGUCCGUCGCUGUCCUGUACAUUCUACACUGAUUUAAACACUGAUUUCAGAGAUUUUAUAUUUCAGAGUGAGAGAGUUAACUGACUCCAUAGCAUCAAGUUGCAUUUGGCUCAGACAGGGAAAAAGUUCUCAAACAGGAAACAAAAAUGUAUACAUUUAGAGUCAGGUAGUGCCUUAGAUAUUGUAAAUAUCACUGAAUACAAGGAUAUACUAUCAAAAGACUAUAAAACAAUCUAGCACUUUAGUCACAUCAAUGUUUCUGCUCUGACAAGUUCUGCAUUUUAUUUAAGUGUAUUCACUUUGUAUGUUGUUCUGUCUUGGUGGUUGGAAUGAAGUCUGUUCUGUCUUGGUGGUUGGAAUGUUGUCUGUUCUGUCUUGGUGUUUGGAAUGAAGUCUGUUCUGUCUUGGUGGUUGGAAUGAAGUCUGUUCUGUCUUGGUGGUUGGAAUGUUGUCUGUUCUGUCUUGGUGGUUGGAAUGAAGUCUGUUCUGUCUUGGUGGUUGGAAUGUUGUCUGUUCUGUCUUGGUGGUUGGAAUGUUGUCUGUUCUGUCUUGGUGGUUGGAAUGAAGUCUGUUCUGUCUUGGUGGUUGGAAUGAAGUCUGUUCUGUCUUGGUGUUUGGAAUGAAGUCUGUUCUGUCUUGGUGGUUGGAAUGAAGUCUGCUCUGUCUUGGUGGUUGGAAUGAAGUCUGUUCUGUCUUGGUGGUUGGAAUGAAGUCUGUUCUGUCUUGGUGGUUGGAAUGAAGUCUGUUCUGUCUUGGUGGUUGGAAUGAAGUCUGUUCUGUCUUGGUGGUUGGAAUGAAGUCUGUUCUGUCUUGGUGGUUGGAAUGAAGUCUGUUCUGUCUUGGUGGUUGGAAUGAAGUCUGUUCUGUCUUGGUGGUUGGAAUGAAGUCUGUUCUGUCUUGGUGGUUGGAAUGAAGUCUGUUCUGUCUUGGUGGUUGGAAUGAAGUCUGUUCUGUCUUGGUGGUUGGAAUGAAGUCUGUUCUGUCUUGGUGGUUGGAAUGAAGUCUGUUCUGUCUUGGUGGUUGGAAUGAAGUCUGUUCUGUCUUGGUGGUUGGAAUGAAGUCUGUUCUGUCUUGGUGGUUGGAAUGAAGUCUGUUCUGUCUUGGUGGUUGGAAUGAAGUCUGUUCUGUCUUGGUGGUUGGAAUGAAGUCUGUUCUGUCUUGGUGGUUGGAAUGUACUAUUUUCUGUCUUGGUGGCUGGAACGUUGUUUAAAGAAUCAUUUGUAGGGCUCUAUUCAGUCUGUGUAGCCGAAAGGUCAUUUCCUAUUGAGCCAAGAUCUGCAGCAUUUACCAUGAAUGCAGUCUACGCUACGGGAACAUGGUCUUUCAAUUUUAAAUGAUGCUGGAACGCUGGACUUCCACGAUGUGGAUUGAAUAGAGCCCUUUGUCUUUGCCUUCGGGUGAAAAUAUGAAGGUAUUUCAUUACAUGACAAAGAAGUCUUGUGUUGGUGAUGUCGUCUUUCUGGGACAGCCAUUUUGUUUUUCUCAGGGUUAGUAUCUCCAACACUUAUCCACCGAGCCCAAACCCAAUGUCAUGACAACCAAUUCCUCUAGUGCAGAAUGAUGAUGUCAUUAGAAUGUCACUGUGCUUGUGUUCAGGUCAACUCAAACUGUUGUCUGUCUUCUCAAUGCUGUCAUUUUUAUGAUACUAAAUAGCAGAUGUUGAAUGUAUGAUUUAAUUAAUAAAAAUGUAUAUUAUUACACAA